CGCUGCCACCCACUCAUACUGCCAUCCUCAAGACGCGCCUGCCACUUGAGCAACCAUGUCAGGAGUACCCCCACCCGCGGCUGCCCCCGCACCCAAACCCGCCAAGAGGCGAUCCUCAAAGGCGAAGAAAACUGGACCCACCGUGUCCGACCAAAUCCUCAAGGUCGUCGCCGCAUCCAAGCAGCGCGGUGGCGUUUCUCUCGUCGCCUUGAAGAAGGGCCUUGCUGCCAGCGGCUAUGAUGUGGCCAAGAACAACGCGCGCGUAAAGCUCGCCGUGCGACGCCUGGUCAGCAAUGGAGGACUCCUUCAGACCAAAGGCACCGGUGCCUCCGGAUCAUUUAAGAUUGGCAAAAGACCCGUGGCCAAGAAGAAGAAGACUGUUAAGAAGAAGGUCAAGAAGCCCAAGAAGCCCAAGGCCAAGAGGGCUAAAAGGGCCAAGAAGGCCACAGGAGCGAAGGCUGCAACUUCACCAAAGAGGAAAGCCAAGAAGAAGAAGGCAAAGAGGCCAAAGAAGGCAGCUGCUGCAAAGAAGCCAAAGAGUCCCCGCAAGGCCAAGCGCAGGGUGUCCAGAGGGAAGUCCAAGAGGGCGGCAGCCAAGAAGCAGUAAACUCCUGGUCCACCGGGACUCUCUUCACAGCUGACGCAGAGGGGCAUAUUGUGCUUUGUCCAUAAGUGCAUUACUGAAUUUUGUCCAAGAGUACAUUGUUCCGAUUUUUGCUUCAAAUGAAGCACUUGGACUUGUUGCUUGCUUUUAUAUCUUUUCACGCAUUCUGUGAAAUUUUGUAUCACAGGAUCUUGCUUGUAAAAUAAACCUAUUCCUUUUCACAAA